ACACAAUGAAGAGACACUACGAGCGUUCUGGGCGACAGCCUGCCUUGAUAUAUUUUUAGCAGAGUGAGCGACCAAUGACGUGCGAGCCGCGUGCGCAAAACCGUCAGGUAAACUCUGGAACAUAACGCCUCGGACGUAUUCUCCGUGUUGGGUGAAAGAGCAUAACUCGCGGACAUGAUACUCGUGUAAACAUAUCGCAUAGCGUUGGCAUCUUCCGUACAAGACAGGACGAUGCGCCGCGAUAAUGACCACCACGCUAGAGUUCCACUUCCCGGCCUGACACCAAGAACCAAGCCACGAGGCUGAAACCGUAGACAGCUUCAGCCUCAUCUAGACGCGUUCGAAGAUUCGGCCCAAACUAACGAGACGUAUCUAUGCCAUCUGGCAAGGAGCAUGAGCAUUUGGCGCAAAGGACAAAACUCGCCAACUCCUAUCAUUCACUUCUCACAGAGUUCGCAUCGCCUGACCUCACUACCGUCGGCAACUACACACUCGGGCGGCUCAUAGGCAAAGGCAGCUUUGGGCGAGUCUAUCUCGCCUCUCACAAGCUCACCAAUGGUUCCAAGGUCGUGCUCAAGAGCGCGAAGAAGGACGAUGCGAACCUGGCGCGAGAGAUCCACCAUCACCGGCAGUUUCUGCACCCGCACAUUGCACGCUUGUACGAGGUGAUUGUGACAGAAUCGCUGGUAUGGCUUGUGCUCGAGUACUGCCCUGGAGAUGAGCUGUACAACUACUUGCUCAAUCAUGGCCAGAUGGAGGCUGGCAAGGUGCAGAAGAUAUUCACACAAUUGGUUGGAGCAGUAACGUACGUCCACAGCAAGGGAUGUGUGCAUCGUGACCUGAAAUUGGAGAACAUUCUGCUCGACAAGCACGAGAAUGUGAAGCUCUGCGACUUUGGCUUCACGAGGGAGUAUCAGGGAAGCACGUCGUACCUGCAGACAUGGUGCGGGACGGUGUGCUACAGUGCGCCAGAGAUGCUUAAGGGUGAAAAGUACGCUGGAGAGAAAGUCGACGUGUGGAGCUUGGGCAUCAUACUGUAUGCUUUGCUUUGCGGUGAGCUGCCGUUCGACGAGGAUGACGAGUCGACGACUAAGGCGCGCAUACUGAAAGAGGAGGCGGCGUAUCCAGACCACAUGCCAGAGCAGGCCAAGGAGCUUUGCAAGAAGAUGCUUUCGAAGCGGCCGUUGCUAAGACCCACUCUGGGUGACAUUCUGAAGGACUCAUGGUUGGUUGAGCACGCGCCACAGCAGCAGGAGAUUCUGAAGUUGCAGCAACCACCAGCAUUCAGUACUCAAGUGGAGAAGGACACGCUACAGCGGAUGCGUAGCGCAGGUGUUGACAUUGAUACGGUGAUAGAGAACGUCCUGUCGCAAAGGUGCGAUGGCUUGGCGGGCUGGUGGGCAUUGUUGAUUGAGAAAGAGCAAAGGAAGGAGCGACGGCGCGAGCGAAAGCGGAAGGAGCGGGAAGGGGAAGCCAAGUCCAUCCGCCGGCUAAGUGCGGCGAGCGGCAGGCUGUUAGCACUAGGCGAAAUAUACGAAGGCGAAGAAGGCGAGAUGACCGGCUCGCCACGGGUGCGCGGACGGCGAAUGACGAGGGUCAAUGGCAAUCUCAGCGUGCCCGUCCCGGAGCUGCCCAGAGUCAUAGAAACCAAGUCACUUACUCCUGACGGCGACAGACAAGAGACUGGUGCGGCUGAGGACAUUGCACGGGAGCCAAGCAGAUCACGCAGUCGACCGCCUCCGCCGCCAAAGGACAACAACGGCAUCACCGUGCGCCGCCCGCCGAAUCCGCACCGAACGAGCGGCAGUAUGCUGCGCUACUCUACAGUAAACCCAGAGCUACUUUCUCCGCAGUAUGUGCCACCACCACAGCGGAAUAAGCGACGGACAUUCUACCACCAGCCUCUCAAAGAGCAGCUUGCAUGGGUCAAGCACUGGUUCAAGGAAGGCGGUAUCACAAAGCGUGGCAAAUCACCAAGUACCAGUGAGGAAGGCAAGAAAGGCAAAACAAGCCCAAAACUAGACACGGACGGUAGCGACGGUGCUGCACAGCAUGGUACGACUGAUGGUCGCGACUUGCAGCGCACGCAUACAGGCCCGCUACCGCAGCAUAGGAAGGCGAGUGUUGGCAGCAGACCAGAACUCCAGACACGCGCAACACUACCCGCAAGGCCACGGAUUGAUACCGUGUCGAGCACCGACAGCCGGCCGAGCAUCCAGCGUAAGCGAAGCAGUAUGAGCCCGCACACCGUGACGCCGCAUUCGUCUUACCGCCGCCCAUCCGCCGGACUUCGUGGGCGGAAGAGCACAUCGUCCUCUGUCAGUUCGAUUCGAAGCGCAUAUCCAAGCGGCGGCGGUAGCGUAGGCGGGCACCAGCACAGCCACAGCAAAGCGUCUAGCACGAGUUCAGCGUCUAUCGCAUCACCUUCCGGCAUCUCAAUAACCUCUGGCCCUCGGCUGGGUGGACGUAGCCCUCAUUCGUCCGUCAAGGUCUUACCAGCCACACCGACAAACGGCACGUUUCCAAGCGGCAUCCGCGUGAACCGGCGACCGCCGCCGGGGACGCUGGGUACUUUGCCAACCUUCGCCGAAGCCAGGACGGCUUUUGGUGGGUUCGGACCAGGCUCACCAAGCUUGCCCGUGUUCGCCAGACGGAAACGGAGUGUAUUCAAAGGGCCCGGUUUAGGUGGCUCGCCGUCCGGCUAUGGUCGAUCUGGCAGUGGCGCUGGAAGCCGAAGCGGCAGCGUGCAAGGCAGACGCAGUGGUGAUCUAGGCAUUGCGGGAAUCACGGAAGAGGACGAGGAAGAAGCUCAGCUUGAAGGUGAAGACCAGUAUGAGGAUGUUGAGGAGAUGGAUGGGGACGUCGAUAACUUUGGUCCUGAGUUGCAUUCUCCGACCGCAGGGUCAGCGGCGAUGCCAAGGAGGAUCGUGGAGGAGACGGCAGAUUUGGAGUUGCCGCUUGCCGCCGGCGGGAUUGUUGGGAUUAACGUACCGGCUGCGAAGGACGCGGGUGCGGACGACAGGCCUAAGCCGACGCCGCUAACUGCCGCGGCCCUUGCUCAGAUGGAAGAGCAGGAAGAGCUAAAGGUGCAGCAGCAUAAUGCUGCGGUGAAGCUGGACCCGCUGGCUGGGGCUUGAUUGCAUUGGCUACCAUUAUGUAGAUUGAUCAAUGUCACUCACAUUGAGCUCUACUCGCAAAUCAAUUCCUACGGCAGCAACACCGGUGACAACGACCUAGCCUCAUGCGGCGAAAGUCACUCGUGGGACUAUUUACGUUGUCAAACUCAGGUGCCUUACUACUGGCCCACCGACAGCUCCGAGAGCCCGUCCACAGCUGUCACGGAAGUAAUUCGCACUCGUCUUGCAAGAGUAACUGUGCCUGGUAACGGCUUACGGAGGGAUUUACCUCCAGCAAACCGCAUAUGCCAUGGCAAAUCGACGAGCAUGAGGACGUGAAGAUAGCGACAUAUUCUGAGUUCCAUUGACUGGUAUCACCUUCGUUUUCCGCACCUUUCCAGCAGCAUUGUGAAGCAAACGGGUGCUUUCGUCGCCACUUCCGUCGCCACCAUCGCCAUGCUAUUGGGAAGAGAUAACUUG